AGGGAAGGCCCUAUCCCAGGUCUGCUCCACAGCUGCUCCCGUCGCGUGGAGAGUCGGACUCGGCCGGAGUGCAGAACACCUGGAUUAACUCUGCUCUGGUUCCUUGUCUGUGUGCCAGCACUUCCUGUUUUUAAAGAUCCUGUUUACUGUCUGCAGUCCAAAUAUCCCAGGAAGGUGGGAGGAUGGGAAGAAACAUGGAAAGAAAACUAAACAGCGUUAUUUAAGGUUUGCGCGUACGAGUCGCUGCUUGAAGGGCUUGGAGUGCAAAGUUAUCUCAAGAAUUAAAAAUGCCUCCGCGGCCAUCAUCUGGUGAACUAUGGGGCAUCCACUUGAUGCCACCGCGGAUCCUUGUGGAGUGUCUUCUCCCGAACGGAAUGAUAGUGACACUAGAAUGCCUCCGUGAGGCCACCUUACUGACUAUUAAACAUGAACUCUUUAAAGAAGCAAGAAAAUACCCUCUCUAUCAGCUCCUUCAGGAUGAAUCUUCUUACAUUUUUGUAAGUGUUACGCAAGAAGCGGAAAGAGAAGAAUUUUUUGAUGAAACACGGAGACUUUGUGACCUGCGACUGUUUCAGCCUUUUCUAAAAGUUAUUGAACCAGUAGGUAACAGAGAAGAAAAGAUUCUUAAUAGAGAAAUAGGUUUUGCUAUUGGCAUGCCUGUCUGUGAAUUUGACAUGGUCAAGGAUCCAGAAGUACAAGACUUUAGAAGAAACAUUCUCAAUGUUUGUAAAGAAGCAGUGGAUCUUCGAGAUGCCAAUGCACCGCACAGCAGAGCACUGUAUGUCUACCCUCCAAAUGUAGAGUCUUCAGCUGAACUACCCAAACACAUAUACAAUAAACUAGACAAAGGGCAAAUUAUAGUGGUGAUAUGGGUAAUAGUCUCACCAAACAAUGAUAAACAGAAAUACACCUUAAAAAUCAACCAUGACUGUGUGCCUGAGCAAGUUAUUGCUGAAGCAAUUAGGAAGAAAACACGAAGUAUGUUGCUGUCAUCUGAACAACUGAAACUUUGUGUCUUGGAGUACCAGGGCAAAUAUAUCUUAAAAGUGUGUGGCUGUGAUGAAUACUUGCUAGAAAAAUGUCCACUGAGCCAGUACAAGUACAUAAGAAGCUGUAUAAUGCUUGGUCGAAUGCCCAACCUGAUGCUGAUGGCCAAGGAAAGCCUGUACACCCAGCUGCCCCUGGACACCUUCACAAUGCCCUCCUACUCCAGGCGGAUCUCCACAGCUACACCCUACAUGAACGGAGAGGCUACAACCAAAUCCCUCUGGACUAUAAACAGUGCUCUCAGAAUAAGAAUCCUCUGUGCAACCUAUGUAAAUGUGAACAUUAGAGACAUAGACAAGAUCUAUGUUAGAACAGGUAUCUACCAUGGAGGGGAACCUUUGUGUGACAAUGUGAAUACUCAGAGGGUACCUUGUUCUAACCCCAGAUGGAAUGAAUGGCUGUUGUAUGACAUGUACAUUCCUGAUCUCCCACGUGCUGCUCGGCUCUGCCUCUCGAUCUGCUCCGUUAAAGGCCGGAAGGGAGCUAAGGAGGAGCACUGUCCAUUGGCUUGGGGAAAUAUAAACAUGUUCGAUUACACAGACACUCUUGUAUCUGGGAAAAUGGCUUUGAAUCUCUGGGCAGUACCUCAUGGGCUGGAGGAUUUGUUGAAUCCUAUUGGUGUUACUGGAUCAAAUCCAAAUAAGGAAACUCCAUGUUUAGAGCUGGAGUUUGAUUGGUUUAGCAAUCCUGUAAAGUUUCCAGAUAUGGCAGUGAUAGAAGAACAUGCCAACUGGACAAUAUCACGUGAACUGGGAUUCAACUACAGCUAUGCAGGGCAGAGUAACAGAAUAGCCAGAGACAGUGAAUUGACAGAGAGUGACAAGGAGCAGUUGCGAGCCAUCUGUACACGAGACCCUCUGUCUGAAAUCACUGAGCAAGAGAAGGACUUCCUCUGGAGACACAGACACUAUUGUGUGAAUACUCCAGAAAUUCUGCCCAAAUUACUUUUGUCUGUUAAAUGGAAUUCUAGAGAUGAAGUGGCCCAGAUGUACUGUUUGGUAAAAGACUGGCCUUCAAUCAAGCCAGAGCAAGCAAUGGAGCUCUUGGACUGUAAUUAUCCAGAUCCAAUGGUGCGAGCUUUUGCAGUUCGGUGUCUGGAGAAGUCCCUGACAGAUGACAAACUGUCUCAGUAUCUAAUCCAGCUGGUACAGGUUCUGAAAUACGAACAGUAUUUAGAUAAUCAGCUUGUGAGAUUUUUACUCAAGAAAGCACUGACCAAUCAAAGGAUAGGACACUUCUUCUUUUGGCAUCUAAAGUCUGAAAUGCACAAUAAAACUGUCAGUCAGAGGUUUGGUUUACUUCUGGAGUCCUACUGUCGAGCGUGUGGAAUGUACCUAAAGCAUCUGAGCAGGCAGGUGGAGGCUAUGGAGAAGUUGAUCAACCUCACAGAUAUUCUCAAGCAGGAGAAAAAAGAUGAGACCCAGAAGGUACAGAUGAAGUUCCUUGUGGAACAGAUGAGACGCCCAGAUUUCAUGGAUGCUUUGCAAGGUUUUAUCUCUCCUCUCAAUCCUGCGCAUCAGCUGGGGAAUCUUCGGCUUGAGGAGUGCAGGAUAAUGUCAUCUGCAAAAAGGCCGCUGUGGUUGAACUGGGAAAACCCAGAUAUUAUGUCUGAAUUGUUAUUUCAGAACAAUGAGAUAAUAUUUAAAAAUGGAGAUGACUUGCGUCAGGACAUGCUGACACUUCAGAUAAUUAGAAUUAUGGAAAACAUCUGGCAAAAUCAGGGUCUUGACCUUCGGAUGUUGCCUUAUGGUUGUUUAUCCAUUGGUGACUGUGUGGGACUCAUCGAGGUCGUGAGGAGCUCUCACACGAUCAUGCAGAUUCAAUGUAAAGGAGGCUUAAAAGGAGCACUGCAGUUCAACAGCCAUACAUUGCACCAGUGGCUCAAGGACAAGAACAAAGGAGACAUGUAUGAUGCAGCUAUUGACUUGUUUACACGUUCUUGUGCCGGCUACUGUGUUGCCACCUUUAUCCUGGGCAUUGGUGAUCGCCACAACAGUAACAUCAUGGUCAAAGAUGAUGGACAACUGUUUCACAUUGACUUUGGGCACUUCCUCGAUCACAAGAAGAAAAAAUUUGGUUAUAAAAGAGAGCGUGUGCCAUUUGUCUUAACACAAGACUUCCUAAUAGUGAUUAGUAAAGGAGCCCAAGAAUGUACCAAAACAAGGGAGUUUGAAAGGUUUCAGGAGAUGUGCUAUAAGGCUUACCUAGCAAUUCGGCAGCAUGCCAAUCUCUUCAUCAACCUUUUCUCCAUGAUGCUUGGCUCAGGAAUGCCAGAACUGCAGUCCUUUGAUGACAUUGCUUACAUUCGAAAGACCCUUGCAUUGGACAAAACUGAGCAGGAAGCUCUGGAGUACUUCAUGAAGCAAAUGAAUGAUGCUCACCAUGGUGGCUGGACAACAAAAAUGGACUGGAUCUUCCACACAAUAAAGCAACAUGCUUUGAACUGAACAGACAGCAGAGAAAACAAGAACUGAUACCCAGCUUUGUGGGUACUGCACUGUUAAUACCCGUUAGCAGCAAAGACUGGUUGCAUAGGAAUUGCACAAACCAUGAACAACACUAGAAUUUAUGGCAAGAAAAGAGAUUAAUUGUUCAGACAACUGUCAGAAAAUAAUGUAAAACAGGGUUUCAGAUAGCACUAAAAUUGUACACUUCAAAAAUUAAGCUUUAGUAUGAUGUGUGCAGAGAGACCUUGACAAAUUUGAGAGAUGGGCAAUCACCAGCCAUGUGAAUUUUAACAAGGGCAAGUGCCAGAUUCCGCACCUGGCAUGGGGCAACCCUGGCUGUAAAGACUGGGGAAUGAGGCUGAAGAGUAGCUGUGGAAAGGGACCUGGGGGUCCUGGUCCCUGGCAGGCUGAAUAUGAGUCAGCAGUGCCCUGGCAGCCAGGAGGGCCAACCGUGUCCUGGGAGGCAUCAGGCACAGCAUCGCCAGCCGAGUGAGGGAGGUGAUUGUCCUGCUCUGCUCUGCACUGGGGCGGCCUCACCUUGAGUUCUGUGUGCAGUUUGGGGCACUACAAUAUAAAAAAGACAUUAAGCUGUUAGAGAGCGUCCAAAGGAGGGCCAUGAAGAUGGUAAAGGGUCUGGAGGGGAAGCCUUGUGAGGAGCGGAUGAGGUCGCUUGGUUUGUUCAGCCUGGAGGAGACUGAGGGGAGACCUCAUUUCAGUUACAACUUCCUCGUGAGGGGGAGAGGAGGGACAGGCACUGAUCUCUGUUCUGUGGUGACCAGUGACAGGACUCGAGGAAACGGCAUGAAGCUGAAUCAGGGGAGGUUUAGGUUGGAUAUCAGGAAAAGGUUUUUUACACAGAGAGUGGUUGGGCACUGGAACAGGCUCCCCAGGGAAGUGGUCACAGCACCAAGCCUGCCAGAGUUCAAGAAGCAUUUGGACAACAUUCUCAGGCACAUGGUGUGACUCUUGGAGUGUCCUGUGCAGAGCCAGGAGUUGGAAUUGAUGAUCCUUGUGGGUCCCUUCCAGCUCAGCAUAUUGUGUGAUUUUAUGAUUCAUGUUAUGCCUUAAGCCCAAAAAGGUAAACUUGGAAGAAUGUUUCCUUUUUUCAUUUGACAGGAUAAAUUAGAAGGAAAAAGAAAAUAGUUCUAGCAUGAACAUAAGAGUCCAUCACUUAUUAUCUUAGAUCUGGUACAGCAGGUAGAGACUAUGCUGGAUCGAGAAGAGUGGAAAUAGAAUUCAAGUGGUAGCAAAUGCUUAAAUGCAGCAUAGUUUGAUGAGAAGGAGUUUUAAGCUCAAAGAUCUAAAUACAGUAGUGAGAGGACAGUGCCUUUUAAAUGUGCUCGGAGGCAUUAACAUUUGCGGGGUUCAGGUGACCCUUUGAUUUCUGGGUCCGUCAUCUGCACAGUUUCUGAAAGCAGUAGGAAAUAGGCCCACUCAGUAUGGUGUUUCUUCUGCUCAGUAUUUCUAGGGGUGCAAUUCAUACCUUCACAAAGAAACUCCCUAUCAUCCCCAAAAACUGAGUAACCUGGAAAUCGAAUGGUCAGAAUUGGGUUUAGUGCAACAGAGAGCUGUAGUGUUCAUCUUAGGUUUGUUUUAAUCUAACUUGAACUGAAUAGAUUUUUUUCAUACAUGUUUUCCAGAACCUAAAGAAAGGUGAGUUAUUAAAAUUAUUGAAAGAUUAUUUUUUUAUAAAGGCUAUUUAUAUAAUAGGAACUAUUAUUAAUAUAUAUUCUUUAUUUACAUGAUUUGUCCCAUAUUCACUCUUUUAAUUUUGCAGCCCAGUUCUAUCUGUCCAAGACUCCCAUUUUCAUUAAUGUCACUUAAGGUUACCAGAUGUACUCCUGGGACCAAAUUCAGCCCUAGUAAAAGAGGACACAAGUACCAGUGAAGUAGUGGGGGAUACACCCACUAAUGCCAGAGGUAAACUUGGCCUAAGUCUCUUAAAAAAAUUUGGGGAAUCACUCUUCACAUUAUGGAAGUGAUAUGCUGGCUAUUCAAAGAAAGUACAUUUAAACCCUCCAUUUUUGGGUCUACCAUUUCUCCUCUUUCUUCCUCCUUUGGAAGUGGUUGUUGAAUCCAGUAAGAUACAUCAGAAAUAGCAAUUUAGAUUUUCAAUAUGAUCUAUAACAAGCAGUUCAACAUGCAGCAGAUAUGUUGGCUAGCUCAAAGCAUGUGGAGUUACCAAACAUUUUAUAGCUUUGUCUGUUUUGUGCCUGUGUGUAAUAUAUAUUUGUAAAUCUAGUUGUUGUCCUUUAACACAAUUACGUGUGCAAUUAAUGAAAUUGGCACCACUUUUUGAAACUGUUCAGAGUACCGAGGAUUUCAGAUUGCCCUUAUGCACAACUUCAGAUAGGACUGUUUUUCUAAUUAUUAAAGAGGUUUUUCUAAUUAGUGAAGCCCAUGAUUCUGUGGGUGAUGUUCACCCUAACAUUUUAAACUUGCUAGAUUGGCAGCACUUGGAGUGAAUUCCAAAGGUUUGGGGCUUUCGGGGGUUCAGCUUGUUCGCUUGCAAACACGCACCGAGGUGCCACUCAGAAAGUGCAAUACCACGUGUAAUAUAAAAUAUGCUGACAGUUGGUGUUAGGUUAGAAUAUAAGUAUAUAAUAAACUGUACUUUGUGCAGGCUGUACUGAUGAGGUAAUGAGUGGUUGGCUUCAUUAGGCAAAUUGUAAUAUAUUAAAAAUGUGCAAUCAAUUACAUUAUGAAAGACUUUGGGGAUUGUAAAGCCAAGGCUUUGGUGUUUCAAGACACUUUCAUAGUCAGGAUCCUGCAGUCUAUUACUGCACACAAGGACUCUUGAUGUUUGGGGGAAAACCUGGGUUUGUGAACACUACAGAAGCUCCAAGAAUAGUAUGGGAAAUGUGAAGUUUUAUUUCCUUAGUUCUACUAAAUAUUUUGGUAGUCCAAUAGACUUCCCAUUACUCUUUUUAUUGACUGUUACAUAUUCCUUUUUGUUCAUAUGAAUAUUUUAACUCCUGCUAACCUUGGUUGUACUUUCUAGAGCAAAGUUACCCUUUUAUCUAUUACUUUGCAGUCAACACACACUAAUUGUUUAGCUCUUGAAACAUGGUUUAGUUUCAGUUUAAGUUUAGUUCACAAAAUCUGAAACCCUGUUGGCUGUCUCUCUUAUUUUAACUGAGUAAACCUGUUGCACAAACGUCACAUUAGGUGCUAUAUUAUCCUUAUUUAUCUGGUGUUGAAACAAUGCUUUACCUCGUUUAUCUAAGAGAUGGUCAGCUUUUUCCAGCCUGGAUGAAAAGAUCAACUCAAAAUUUAUCAGAUGUUAUGAGCCCAACUUUCUUUGUACUUUGCCCCUUCCUAGCCCUUUACUUCUGUAAAUAUGAGUAUAAAUGUCUUUCAGUUCAAGCACACAGUGUUCUGCACCCUUUUUGCCCAGACAGAGGUAUGAGGAAUCAGGCUCUGUUUCCAAAAGUUACUGCAAUGAAAUGUUGUGCAUAAGCUGUAGAAGUUAUUAUGAGAAUCAAAUAGUAAAAGAAAGGAAACUUCAUAGGGAUGCAGACAUAAUACAAUUCAGGAUAAUUACAAAAAUAUUAAAUAAAUUUUUUUUUAAAAGUUGGAGAAACUCAUGGGCUUUAAGCAGUUCUUACCAUAACCAGGAUGGGCAUUUGAAAAAUAUUCUGCUGGUGUUUCAGGAAAAAAACAAAUCCUUUUCUCAGCUUCAAAGUGUUCAACCCUAAUUACUGUAUCCUGUUACGCCCGUUCUGUGCUGGUGUAACUUCACUGCAGGUAGUGGAGGUCCUGUUUCCUUACACUGCUGUAAAUGAGAGGAUGUCAUCUGCUCACAGUAUCAGAAAUAAGAUCUGCUUACAGACCAUGAAAGCACCUGCAACUGAGCUCUAGAUUUUUACAGAGAUAGCUUGGGAUUUGGCUUAUUUUUAUCUAUUCUCACCUCUUUGAGAUUUCAAAAUGUUCCCUUUGCUCUGAGAAUCAGCUGCACAAAACACUAAAGUAGCUUAUUUUGAGAUUGAAUUGAAUCUGAACACCUUGCUCCUGCAGAACUUCAUUGUAAGACUGCCAGAGCAAGGAUCCCAGGAGUGGGCCAUGUGCUUUGUCACAAAGCAUUAGGAAAUGGAGUUUUAUUGAAACACAAAUUUAAAGCUAGUAACUUUUUCAACUGUGAAACUGCAUUUGAUUUAAUGACAGAACAGGCUGCUGCUGCUUCAUUUUACUUAGAAUUACAUUCUUUGCUUUCUUAAAGGUAGCAGAAAAAGCACCUGUACUGACUUUAUAUACACAUGCUUCUCUGUUCUGAAAGGGUGCAUUAGUAGGUUUUUUCAGAAGUGAAACAUUUUCAGUAUAGGUUUUAAAAUUUUAAAAAAGGCAUUUAAAUAAAACCAAAAUUGUAAGUGUUUUGGCAUCUUCUGGAGAAGAUAUGAGCCUUUGUAUGUGAUGACCCUGCUGGUGGUGGUUUGGCAAGUUGUUUGUGGGGUUUUAUGCCAACUUUCCUUUUUAUGUAAAAUAUUAAAUGCCCUUCAGUGGUCAGGAGCCCACAUUUGUUGACAAUUUGAAGGUAUUUUCUUUGCUUUGUCAUUCUAUAACUGACAUGUUCUAGCAUCUGUUCUCAAUAGUAAUUAUGAAUUCCUCCUGUUUUGCACGUCUGCACAGGUUGUAGACUUGGGCUGGACCCAUUCAAAAACAAAUAUUAGCAAAGCCACUUGAAAUUACUAUUUCGUUGAUGUCUUUGACAUCUCGAAAAUGCUUCAAGUUAAUGAAAAUGGUGUGGUAUUACAGAAAGAAUUGUAACUUGCUGCUUCUGAGAUUUUCUUUUUUAAGCCUUUUCCUCUUGUUUUAGUUUUACUUGAAUGGAAGAACCACACUUGUGUUUUUUUUUAAAUACUAUAUAGCUGUGGAUGUUGUUGCAGAUUGUUGAAUCCCAGUUUAAUUUUGCAAUACAUGUUUCAUACAAAUAAUGAAUUUGUAUCUUUUUAUUUUGUGCUAAAAGUUGUCUCAGUUUAGGUGAGGCUCUAUCUGUCCAAAAUGAUGUGUAGCUCACUACCCCUGCAGCUGGUGUUAGUUUUGGGGUCUUUUUCUGUUUCGUUUUAUUUUUUUUACAUCUGUGUUAAUGAAGAGAAGCCAACUGGAAACUGGCUAUAGAAGUUUUCUACCUGCAUACACUGACCAAACCUACAGGUGCUCUGCUCUUUGAGAAAUUCUGGUUUCACUUUAUGCUGAUACAACACUGUCUUCAUCAGAAUCACUCUGGAUUCACAACAGCAUAUGAAGUCAGAAUUAGACUAUAUGUAUAUUAGAAUUCCAGAUUAGUUAUUCUUAUGAUUCAGUAUGAAAGGUGUUCUUAUAAGGAGAGGAAUGUUUACUAGCAGCCCAGUUAAACACUUUACAAUUUUACUUUAUAAAUAGUAUUUAUCAACUAGCCUUCCCCCUCCAAAACUACUAUAAUCUUGUCUAUAGUUCGUUUCAUUCUUGAGACUUCCAGGAUUUUUGUUGCUUACCAGCUCAAAUGUUUCCUCUUGCUACUCUUUCAUAGCCUACAGACUUGUUGAACCCACACUCAGGAAAAAUGAUUGUUCUUAAUUGUCAGUAGGGUAUUCUUGACUUCUGAGCUUUAUGGGAUAGACUGAAAAGCUUGAGGUCUUGUUGUGAGAGCACUCCUGACUAAGCCAGAGGUUAAUCCCUCUGUCUCUUCCCUUCCUUCUCCAACACCCCUCUCCCCUAAAAAAGGACAUGCCCAUAGCAUAAGAACAUCAUACAAUGUUUGUAAGAGAUAGUUGAAGCAAUGCCCUGCCAGUACUUCAAAGCUGGUGUCCCCACUAGUUUGCCUAAAUGUGUAUUAAGUGUCCUUACUGUCACUUCUGUAUGUGAUGAAAUAUUCCUUUGGCAUAAGGAAGGCAAAAAAUACACUAUUCUGUCUUGAUUCUUUCUGAAAUUCUGUUGCCAGAUUCCCAAUAGUUGUUAAACUGUUUCAGGAACCAUUCAGUGCAGUGUAACUGCACCAGUUUUGUUAGGAACCUGUUCUAGUAAUAAAAUAAAUCACAGUUAAACCUGACUUAAUUGUGUGGCUGAAGUUACAGAAAUUCAGGCAGAAGCUGUUUCCUUUAAGAAUCUUAUAUCUGUUGUAGUUUAGUUAAUCCUUGAGAGCCAAAAUACAGAUAUUCAUAGUUGCAAUCUCAUUCUGUCUUGUUUCUUUAACUACUUUUAAUCUAUUUUCAGAUUCUGUUAAUAGUGCCCCAUAUCCUGAAUUAUCAACUGCCUCAGGCUGUCCAAAGUUGUCUUACUGUUUCGUUUGAGGCUGGGGAAAAAAAAGGAAUAGAUUAAUCCUCUUGUUUUACAGUGGCUGUGGUCCAACUUCUUCAUCUUCUCUUGUGAAGAUAAAUGUGCAGUUCAUCAUCUGGGAGUAUCAUCUGUUCUCCUUGCCCCCUUACACCUCUUCAAGUUUUAUCUGUGAAUAUCUACAUUCACUUAUCAAAAUCUACUUCCUUGGUGGAGAAAAGGAUUUAAAAAAUAUAUGGCUAUGGUCUGAUGUCCUGGAUUCUCAGGCUUGAAAUUUUGAAAGGAUCGUUGUCAUUGCACCACAAUUGCAGAAUUUUCUCAGAAUCAUUGAGGUUGGCAAAGAGCUUUGGAGAUCAUUUGGCCCAGCCAUGCUGUUUGAGGCAGGAUCAGCUCUGGAGCAGGUUGCCCAGGACAUCACCCAGUUGGGUUUAGAGCCUAUGCAAGAAAUAAGAAUCCACAGUCAAUUUUUUUCCCUUAAUGUUUGUAUGAAAUAUCUUCUGUUUCAUUGCCUGCUGUCCUUUCAGUGGGCAGCACUGAGAAGAGCCUUGCCUGUCUUUACUCCUCCCUAUCAAGUAUUUAUGUACAUUGACAAGAUGCCCCUUGAGCUUUCUUUUUGACCAGGAUAAACAAUCCCAGCUCUCUCAGCCUCCUUUCUUAUCCAUCGUCUUUAUAGCCCUUCAUGGACCCAUCCCAGUACAUCCAUGUCAGGCUGGUACAGGGGACCCCAGUGCUCGAGGUGUGGCCUCACCAGUGCUGAGCAGAGGGGCAGGAUGAAGGCUCACCUCCCGUGACCUGCUCUGCCAAAGGCAGCCCAGGAUCCUGUUGGCAUUUUGGGUAAAUAGAGCCCAGGAGGGUGUCACCUCUUGAUGCUUCUAUGUAACUUCACUGAAGCUGGGAGCCAGUUACAUGUCUGCAUCAAAAGGAGAGUAUAAACACCCUACCAGUGCUUGAAAUAUCUUUUAAAAAUGAGACAAUUACCUUUGAAAUAACCACUACUGGGGGUGGGGGGUGGGGUGGUGUUGCCAUGUGUGUGUCAUUCUGUGAUGAAGGUCUGUGGUAAAGUAGGUAGAAAGCAAGACAUUUUUAGUAAUAAUGGGCCAAAAAGUAUUUAAAAUGCAGCAAACAUGCAUGUGUUGUCAUACUGAGAAUAGUCUUGCAGUACUUUAAAUAAAAAAAAACAAAACCACAACCCCUUUUUUUACCCCUUCUGCUGUGCUACUCAAGUAACAAAAGUUUGGCCUAUGAUACUUAUUGUAGUUAUGUUCAUGGGAAACUGUAAAAAGUCUGCUUUUUAUUUAUCUUCGCGGUCUGUAUCAUGCUGUUUAUUAAAAAAAAAACUACUUUUGUUUGGUUUUUAUCACACUUUUGAGUGUUAAUGUAUAUACUAACAACUAAAUUAAAAUGAUAUGGUUGGUACA